CCACCCACGAUUCUCCACCAAAGCCCAACAUCACUCCUCAUUUCCAUACCUCCUUUCCAAGCACGUACAAUCGACAUGCUCUUGCCCCCAUUCUGGAAAUCGGCCCUUCUUCCAAGAGAACCCAUUCCCUAUCACGCCGUAUCACCCUCAGCCAUAGAACCCAUGAAAAAGGUGCUCAAGAAACUAAAAUUUGACCCUGUAGUCGCGUCUAUUGUCAACAACAUCUCCAUCCCUCAAAUGCGUAACGAUAUCCGGUUCCUCACAGGGGAAGACGGCAGGUCUGACAUUGUGUCUCGACAUUCGUUCACUCCGGGUGCAGUGAUCGCCGCGAAAUGGCUCAAGGCGCGGUUUGAGAAUUCUGGCGCCGAAUGUCAUUACAAACCAUUCCUCCAAGGAUUCGUGCCCAACGUCGUAUGCCGAUACUCCGCCGUCAGUCCGACGAACGACACCAUUAUAAUCAGCGGGCACUACGACAGCCGUGGAUCCUUCGGAAGCACACGCGCUCCAGGUGCAAACGACGACGGUUCGGGCACCACUGGCGUCCUAGCAAUUGCGCGCACCAUUGCCCGAAAAGGCGUCAGGUUUACAAACGCCAACGUUGAGCUUGUCGCGUUCGCUGGUGAGGAGCAGGGGUUGUUGGGGUCCAAGGCGUAUGCUAAAGAAUUAAGGGCUGCCAAUGCGAGCGUUAUUUUGAUGAUCCAGGCUGAUAUGACGGCGUAUCGUGCCCCUGGCGAGCCAAUGCAACUUGGGCUUCCGGAACGAAUUGGGACACCAGAAGUGACCCAGCUCGUAUGGAACAUCUCUGAAAUCUACAGCCCCGAGCUUCAUCUUGGACUUACACCAGUGUGCUGCAGUGACCACCAGUCCUUCAUCGAGCAAGGCUACCCAGUGACCCAGCUUUUCGAACGUGUUGGACGGAUCGCGGACCCGAUGUAUCAUAACAGCCAUGAUCUGAGUGAGAGGGAAGGGUACGACUUG